AUGGCGCCUUCAUCUACCCUUCUCGCCACUGCGGCAACUUACUUUCAAGCGAUGUCAAACUUUGACUCGGUACAACUUUUUGAUGUUCUCGCCGAAAAUUAUGAGCAACAUUUUGCUCCUGGUUCUGCGAAGCUCGAGUCACCUGUCGGCCGUGAUUACUUCGUCUCUUCGGUGACGAAUCUGGGAGCUGUUCUCUCGGACUUCACCACGGAGAUAAAGAAAACAUGGCCUAAUGAAGCGGAAAACCAAGUCACUGUAUGGGCAGAAGGCGGAGGAAGCUUCCAUUCGCACCUCCAGCGGGAUGAUGAUGACGAAGAAUGGCUUCUCAAGCGCGAGUACAUCUUCGUUAUCGUAAUGGAUGGAACUGGGAAGAAGAUUGAAAGCGUACUUGAGUUUUUUGACAACAAGGCACUAGAAGUCAUGAAGGGACUGAUUGGAAAGGCAUUCCAGCGAUUAGAGCAAAGUGCUAAAAAGUAA